GUUGCCAUUUACAACUUGAUAUUGAGAGAAUUUGACGCCCUCAUCAAUCAUAACAUGAUCACUUUCCGUGCCUCAAGCUAAUAGCUUGGCUGACAAGGCGAUCACACUUGAAUUAUCCUCUCUACAGGUGAUUCUUGCCUGAUGGCUCCGAAUAUCAACAAAGAAGCCGAGUAUCUGAAGAAUAAAGCGAGGAAAGAACUCCUCGGACUACUUGAAGGUGUCCGUGGUAAGAAGAAUGUGGUAAUUGGAAAGGAUUUGACUGGCCCGCUGGGGUUAUUUGUUCAAUUCUCUACCCUCAAGGAGUAUGGCGUGGACAAGGUCUUUGAGCUUGAGAAUGGAAACACAGACUCAUCUCAGAGGAAUAUUGUCUACCUUGUCCACGGGGAAAAGGCCAGCAUAGUUCAAGCUGUGGCAGAACAAAUCAAACAGCUGUUAAGGAAUGGCACGGUCGACCAUGAAAUCUCCAUUAUCUGGGUUCCCAGGCGAACCCUAGUCUCAAACAAGAUCUUGGAGGAUGAAGGUGUCCUGGGUGAUGUCAACGUGUCCGAGCUGCCGCUCCUUUUCCUGCCUCUGGAAGACGACAUGUUGUCACUCGAACAGGAUGGUGCAUUCAACGACCUAUACUUGAGACACGACCCUUCACCUUUGUAUCUCGCCUCCAAGGCACUGAUGCAAAUCCAACAGCGACAUGGACUGUUCCCGCGUAUCCUUGGAAAGGGAGAUAACGCUCGAAAACUCGCAAAUCUUCUUCUACGAGGUCGGAAAGAACUCGAUGCUGAUGAGGCGGCAACACAGUAUACGAGCAUGCCUAGUGAUUCAAUUGAACAACUAAUCAUCAUUGACCGAGAUGUCGACUUUGCCACCCCAAUGUUGACCCAACUUACAUAUGAGGGUCUGGUCGAUGAGCUCGUUGGAAUCAAACACAAUCGAGCAGAGGUUGACUCCUCUAUCGUGGGAGCAGCGCCUCAAAGGCAGCAACCUACUGGGUCGUCUACCACAUCUCCGCAACCAGCAGUUCGCCAAGGGUUGAAGCGUAGGAUCCAGCUAGAUUCGUCAGACAAUCUUUAUUCCCAGCUACGAUCUUCGAACUUUGCCCUCAUUGGACCGACAUUGAACAAGAUUGCACGUCGACUCGAAUCUGACUAUGAAGGUCGUCACAACGCAAGAGGUAUCAAUGAAUUGCGAGACUUUGUCAACAAAUUACCCGGCUUCCAACAGGAACAUCAAUCACUCGCAGUGCACACCAACCUUGCCGACGAGUUGACCAAAUAUACACGAUCCGACACAUUCGGUCGAGAGUUGGAAAUCCAACAGAACCUAGCAGCAGGAACCGACCCCGUAUACCAGCAUGACAACAUUGAAGAACUCAUCUCUCGUGAUGUCCCAAUUUCUACAAUACUCCGUCUGUUGUGUCUAGAAUCUACGGUUGCUGGAGGCCUUCGUCCAAAGGAUCUGGAGUCGUUUCGAAGGCAAAUUCUCCAUGCAUACGGCUAUCAGCACCUUUUAACACUUGAUGCCCUGGAAAAGACAGAACUUCUACAACCUCGCUCAUCUGCUUCGGCGCUGCUUCUUCCGGUAGGCGGUGGCGGGUCGCAAUCAGAGAAAGGAGCCAAGACCAAUUAUGCGUUCCUGCGCAAAGAGCUCCGCCUCAUUGUUGACGAGUAUAAUGAACAGGAUCCGGAUGAUAUUGCCUACGUUUACUCUGGUUAUGCCCCUCUCAGCGUCCGACUUGUUCAAUGCAUUCUCCAGAAGCAGUAUCUCCAAAGUUUGCACAAAUCUCCAUUGCCCCUGACGCCGACUAGUACGGGGUGGACGGGCUUUGAAAAUAUCUUGAAAUCUGCCAAAGGCCCCACCUUCAACAUUGUACAACGGCCAGUAGAUGAAAAGGCAGCCAAAGCGAAACAGGUCCUAGCUGGGACCAGCGGAUGGAAAACAGUCUUUGUCAUGUUUGUUGGGGGAAUCACUUUUACUGAAGUGGCAGCAUUGAGGUUCAUGGCUCGGAAGAUGGUCGAGUCGGGCCAGCGAAAAAACGUUGUGAUAUGCACAACGGGGGUCAUCAGUGGGCGGAGCAUCAUGGAUGGACUGAUAGAAAAGUCUACUCUUGGUUCAGGUCUGACAGCUAGCGGCUAGAUCUUGGAAGGAGAAGCGCCUGAGGGCAAAAUACUAAAUUCCGCCUUGACGCCCAAGUGGUCAGUCACCCAACCGCCGUCUAAGCCAUCUUCUUUGAUCAACAUUUCUUUGACGCUGGGGUCCUCGACCUCGACGCCCAAGCCAAACUUUUGAAACGACUCCAGCUUCAAA